AUGAAGACUUUUUUUACAGAAGUGGAUAGUAAGAGUGAUUAAUCACAUUUAAGAGAAAUCAAUCAGUUACUCAUGAGACUAAAUUUAGAAUCACCACGUACAUAGCUUGCCAUGAAAGAACUUAAUUUAACAAAAUAUGAUUGCUAACUUAAGUAAAAUAGUGCCCAAAUUAUCAUACAAGAACUUUGACCAAUUUCUUACAAUAUCAUCAUGAAUCGCGAACCAUGUACUUAAAUCAUUUACAAUAACUCAAAGGUAGUUAAUUAUUUUAUGAUUCAUUUAGAUAAUCUCUAGAAUUUAGUUAAUCGAAGGAGAGAAAUCAUAGGUCCAUCAAUAAAAAUUGUAUUAAGAACACCUAAAUAAUCUAAAUAAUAUAACUUUGUUAAAAAGAUUUUUGAUCAUGAUCUCAAACAGUUAUAUUAGUCUGAAUUAUAAAUCAAAGAAGCAUAAUAAAGGAAUACUGAUAAAAUUUAUAGGCAAGUCGAAGAAAAAUUAAAAUCCAUUUCUCAUAAGGCAAAAUAACAUAAUAACAAAGUAGAACGAAAGUUAUCUUUAUUAAGAGAACGGAGAAAAAAUGAACUUGAUGAUAGGCUUAGUAAAAGUCUUGAUUUUGACUCUAGAUUUGAACCUAUUUAAAAGACCUUAUAAGAAUCAAAAAUGAAAUUCAAAGUUAUGUUGUAAUCUAAAACUCAAUAAACUUUGGAUUAUCAUAGAUAAAAAAAGAAGAAUAUAAUUGAACAAGACGAAUUACGAAGAACUAAAUUAUAAUAUUCAAUGGAAACUUCACAAAGAAGCACUUUUAUUCGAUAUGGUAUUGCCAGUUAAGAUAGAAUACAAUAAGCUUAAUAGAUUGAAUAAGAGCAGUAAAAUAAGGUCAUUUAGAAAAUAGGAAAUUAUGUUGAAAAAACAACUUAAAUGACUAAUAAGAACUAAUAAGACAUAUAAAAAACAUUAUAAAAAUUUAAAGAUGAAUAAGAUCGAAAGUUUAGUAAAGUGCAUAAAAAUUUAACUUCAUAAACAUAGAUGUAAUCAUAAAGAGAAAGCAUGAUUAAUUAAGAAUUAUAAGAAAAGAUAAUGUUCAGUAGUGCUAAGGCUAAAUAAAGAUUAGAUGAUAUUCAAUCAAAAAUGAAAUAAGUAGCUCUUUAGAAGCAAUAGAAAUAAUAAGAAUUAUUGAAUAAAUAUAUAAUCAAAAUGGAAAGAAGAAAUGAUAGAAUUUUAGAAAAACAUGUUAAACUUAGAUAAAAUUUGAAAAAAGGUCAUAAAUCUCAUAAUCUCACUUAAUAAUAACAUCAACUAGUAAUUGAGAAGGAUGAAUUAAAUUCUGAUAUAACAAAGGUGUAAAGAUUAGUAGUCAGUAAAUCAACUAAGAAUAUAAAAGAAUUACUCAACAAUUUAAGAUUCAAUUGA